AUGGGGCAAUACGUAGCUCGGAACACGGAUGACAAAGCAGUAGGAUCCGGGAAACAGAAAAACAUUGUCAACGUAGUGCUGGGCGGAUCCUGUUCUCCUCCUCCUAGCCCGGACUCCAGUCAAGAAGUAAUGUCCAUACAAACCUUCCCCGAACAGGUGAUUUCCUUCAGCAACAAGGAUUUCGAAGGAGUCACCCGGGAUCACAACCAAGCCAUGGUAGUAACCUUGGAUAUGGCCGACAAUGAAGUCAGAAGGAUCCUGGUGGACAACGGCUCUUCAGCCAACAUCCUUUUCAAACAAACCAUGGAUCGAAUGCAAUUAGGGAGUAUCCGGAUGAACGACUACAGGGAGGAUCCUCUAUACGGAUUUGGGAACAGCAUUGUCCCGGUCCUAGGCACACUUUAUCUUCUGGUCCGAUUCGGAACUCCCCCGAACCAAGUCACCCAUGUAAUCAAAUUCUACGUCACAGACACACCCACCUCCUACAAUGUGAUCAUUGGUCGUCCGGGUCUGAACAAGAUUGAAGCCAUCACAUCCAUUCCACACCUAAAGUUCAAGUUGCCGACCCCGUUCGGGGUGGGGGAAGUCAAAGGAGAUUCGGCAACAUCCGGGGUAUGCUACAGCCAAGCCUUGGUCAUGGCAGAAACACAUAUGGACAACAAGAAAAAAGAAGCCGUUUUCCAAAAACAGAGGAGCAACAAAAAACAUCGCCCUUACCCAAGGAAAGACACCCAAGGUGAAGUCCAGGUCAUAGAUCUAGACCCGGGCUGCCAUAACCCGGAAGCAUCCGAUCCCGGUCCUGGACAAAGCAACCAGCAAGCAACCAUAAGCUCGGCUCAAAAUUUUGUUGAAAAGAACAUUGAUGCCCGGAUCCAACAAAUGAUCUCGGCACAAGAAUUGACUAAGGUCGAAGCUGCGGUCGAAACCGAGUCUGUCCUGAUCGAGAAAGACAACCCGACAAGGAAAGUCAAAAUUGGGAAAGGCCUGGAUACCGUUUUUAAUGAAGAACUCAUCCAACUACUCCGGAGGUACGCAGAUGUCUUUGCCUGGAGCCCGGACGACAUGCCCGGGUUAGACGAGUCACUAGCAAUGCACAGCUUGGAUGUGGACCCCAAGAAAAAGCCGGUCAAACAAAAACGAAGAAAUUUCGCCCCAGAAAGGCAGAAGGCUAUAGAUGAGGAAGUUGGCAAUUUAGUGAAGGCAGAUAUCAUAUGUGAGAUCAAAUACCCGGAAUGGCUAGCCAACGUAGUCAUGGUUACGAAAGCAAAUGGCAAGUGGAGGAUGUGUGUCGACUACAGGGAUUUGAAUGCGGCAUGCCCCAAGGAUCCUUAUCCUCUACCAAGCAUAAAUCAGCUUAUUGAUGCCACGUCAGGACACCUGAUGUUAAGAUUUAUGGAUGCUUUCUCCGGGUACAAUCAGGUUAAGAUGAACCCAGCAGACAUAGCCAAAACAGCCUUCAUAACCCACCGGGCGGUCUAUGCCUACAAAUUGAUGCCUUUCGGGUUAAGGAACGCCGGGUCUACAUACCAGAAGGCAAUGAAUGAAAUUUUCAAAGACCAACUUGGAAGAAAUUUAGAAUGCUACGUUGAUGAUAUCAUCUCCAAGUCUACAUCAAUCCCGGGUCACAUUUCAGAUCUCAAAGAAUGUUUCGAAAACAUGAGAAGGACAAAGCUAAAACUUAACCCGGACAAAUGCACCUUUGGAGUGGAAGCUGGAAAGUUCUUAGGAUUUAUGGUGAGCAACCGGUGUAUUGAGGCUAACCCGGAGAAGAUUAAAGCUGUACAAGAAAUGCAACCACCCCGGACUCAAAGAGAGGUUCAGAAGCUGGCAGGGUCCUUGGCAGCAUUACGGGCAAAAAAUCAGAAGUCCGUAGAAUGGAGCCCGGAUUGCCAAAAAGCCCUUGAAGAAAUCAAGGCAUAUUUGUCCAAACUCCCGAUCCUGACAAAGGCCCUGCCCAGAGAGCCCUUAUACCUGUACCUGUCAGCUGGCCCCUUUGCCGUCGGGGCGGCUCUGAUCAGGGAAGAAGCCGGACAGCAGAAGCCUGUCUACUAUGUUAGCCAAGUUCUGAAGGAUGCGGAGACCAGAUAUCUCAACUUAGAAAAAUUUGCAUUUGCACUGAUCACCGCAUCCAGGAAACUCAGACACUACUUCCAAGGAAGAGAGAUCAGGAUUGUCACAGACCAACCUCUGAGGAAAAUCAUUCACAAGCUAGAUAUCUCCGGGAGACUAGUGAACUGGGCAAUCGAACUUAGCCAGUUCAGCCUAACAUUCCUACCCCGGACAGCAGUCAAAGCCCAGGUCCUGGCAGAUUUUGUAGUGGAAUGCAACUUUCCAGAAAAUCAGACAACUCCCAUGGAAACUGAACCAGAAGCCCCGGUAGAGCCUAACCCGGAGUCUUUGAUACUCCACGUUGAUGGCUCCUCAACAACCGAAAGAUCAGGAGCCGGGCUAAUCCUGAAAAGCCCGGACGGAUUCACCAUUAAAACAACGAUCUCCUUCAACUUUGCAGCAACCAACAAUCAAGCGGAGUAUGAAGCCCUGUUAGCAGGAUUGAAGUUGGUCCGGAUCCUGUCAAUCCGGAACCUCACCAUCUACAGUGAUUCCCAGAUCGUGGUCAGACAGACCAAUGGAGAAUACCUUGCCAAAGACCCGAUUUUGACCAAGUACCAAGCCUUGGUGAAAAGUUAUCUCACUCUGAUUCCCAGGUGCAAAAUCUUGCAAGUCAACAGAGAAGAAAACGCGGAGGCGGACAACCUUUCCAGGUUAGUCCAAAAUUCAGCUGACCUUGAUAGCUCAGUCUACUUCGAAGAAUUGCACAAGCCAACAAUAGAACAGGAAGAAAUUUUCGAAAUCAACGACAAUCCUAAUUGGAUGACUCCCUUGAUCAACUACAUAGAGAGGGGAGAGUUACCCGAAGACAAAGGAAAGGCACAAAGAUUAAAAGCUAAGGCAGCCAAGUUUUUCGUAGAAGGCGGGAUCCUGUUUCGCCGAACUUACUCGGCCCCGAUCCUGAAAUGCAUUGGCCCUGAAGAAUCCGAGUACUGCCUAAGGGAAGUCCACAAAGGAAUUUUCGGAGAUCAUAUGUCGGCCAAAAGCUUAGCCUACAAGAUUAUCAGACAAGGAUACUAUUGGCCGACUAUCCACCAAGAUGCUAUGGAGUUUGUGAAGAAAUGCAAAAAUUGUCAAUUGUUCAGCAAUGUGCCCCGGGUAAGCCCUGUCCUACCUUCAUUAGUUAUAUCCCCAAUCCCGUUUGCUGUAUGGGGGAUAGACAUCAUGGGACCCCAGUUCAUAGGGUCAGAUAACAUUCUGAUGAGAUUCGGGCUACCAAGAGUCCUGGUCUCAGACAAUGGACCCCAGUUCAUAGGGUCAGAUUUCGAGAGUUACCUGGCCGAAAGAGGUAUCAAGCAUAAAAAGUCUUCAGUCGCCUAUCCUCAAGGAAAUGGCCAGGUAGAGGUUACCAACCGGAUCCUCCUGAGAGGAAUUGAAAAAAGGCUAGAAGAAAGCAAGAGCAAAUGGCCAGAAGAGUUACCACAUGUUCUCUAG